AUGAACCAAGAGCAAGAUGUAUAUGAAGAGGAGUAUGUUGAUGUUCGUUCUCUACCCUUGAGGCCGCCGCAGCCACUGGUGCAGCCCGACAAGGCAGUGCGCCGUCCUUGGCAUCCCGUCAUGUACAACCAUACAACCAGCGCUAUAGCUACAAAAGAUCAGGACGAAAACGAAGAUAACUCCCGCCUCGGAUCCAAGGAAUUCCCCCACUCGCAGCGCAUACGUAACUUGAAGAGACUUAUAGCUGAAGGGAAAGUGAAACCCGAGGCCGAGACACUUAUAUUCUUCCUGUGCAAUAAAUUCGCUAUCUCAGAAGAGAGACAGGCCAGGAUUAAAUAUUAA